GGUUUAUUCGAGUGCUUGUGAUCGUAGUGUGUUCACAGAUGGCCUGCCGGACAAGUUUUCAAUGAAUAUUCUAGGUCUUUACAGUCAAAUGCCCAAAUUCACGGCAAUUAUGGAUAUAAUUCGUUUGUUAUGGAUAAUACGGAUUGUGUGGGCUGUUGAAGAUGUGUUGAUGGACUCCACGACGGCAACGGCAGAGCUGGGCUGGACGAUAUAUCCAUCUUUGGGGUGGGAAGAGGUGAGUGGCUACGACGAGAACAUGAGCACCAUCCGCACCUACCAGGUGUGCAACGUCUUCAAUGGCAACCAAAACAACUGGGUGCGCACCAAAUACAUCCAGCGGCGAGGAGCCCAACGAAUCCACGUGGAGAUGAAGUUCUCCGUGCGAGACUGCAGCAGCAUCCCAAACGUCACUGGCUCUUGCAAGGAGACUUUUAAUCUGUACUACUUCGAAACUGACAAGGACGUAGCCACCAAGGUGUAUCCCGCCUGGAUGGAGAACCCUUGGAUCAAGGUGGACACCAUUGCGGCCGAUGAGAGUUUCUCCCAGGUGGACCUGGGCGGCCGUGUGAUGAAGAUCAACACGGAAGUACGCAGCUUCGGGCCGGUGUCCCGUAAAGGCUUCUACUUGGCCUUUCAGGAUUACGGAGCAUGCAUGUCACUCAUCGCCGUGAAGGUUUUCUAUUGCAAAUGCCCCCGAGUUAUUCGGAAUGGGGCCAUCUUUGAGGAGACCUUGUCAGGUGCGGAGAGCACCUCUCUGGUGUCUGCCCGGGGCAGUUGUGUACCUAAUGGAGAGGAAGUGGAUGUUCCCAUUAAACUGUACUGCAAUGGAGAUGGGGAGUGGCUGGUUCCUAUCGGGCGCUGUGUGUGCAAGGCCGGGUAUGAGUCUGUGGACAACGGGACUGUGUGUAGAGCAUGUCCAUCUGGCUCCUUCAAAGCAUCUCAAGGGGACCAGCAAUGUCUCCAGUGUCCCAUCAACAGCCGUACCACCAGUGAGGGUGCAACCAACUGUGUGUGCCGCAGUGGAUACUACCGUGCAGACUCUGACCCUCUACAGAUGCCCUGUACCACGGUUCCGUCAGCGCCCCAGAGAGUGAUUUCUAGCGUGAACGAGACUUCCCUGUGGCUGGAGUGGGAUCCACCGAAAGAGAGCGGAGGCCGGGAGGAUGUGGUCUACAAUAUCAUCUGCAAGAGUUGCAGUUCAGGUCGAGGGCCCUGCACUCGCUGCGGUGACAAUGUGCAGUUCAUGCCCCGCCAACUGGGCCUGACCGAUCCCCGUGUCCAUAUCAGUGACCUGCUGGCCCACACGCAGUACACGUUUGAGAUUCAGGCUGUGAAUGGAGUGUCUGACCAGAGUCCAUACUCACCUCAGUUCACUGCUGUCAACAUCACCACAAACCAGGCCGCUCCAUCUGCUGUGUCAAUCAUGCCUCAGGCCAGUCGAACCGUGGACAGUAUCACACUGUCCUGGUCCCAGCCAGACCAGCCCAAUGGAGUCAUUUUGGACUAUGAGCUGCAAUAUUAUGAGAAGAAUAUGGCAGAGUCGAACUCCACUCUACUGCGGAGUCAGACUAAUACAGCGGUUAUCUGGGGCCUGAAGCCAGAGACCAUCUACGUCUUCCAGGUGCGGGCCAGAACAGUGGCGGGCUUUGGACGAUUAAGUGGGAAGAUGUACUUCCAAACAAUGACUGAAGAGGAGUACAGCUCCAGCCUGCAGGAGAAACUGCCCCUCAUUAUCGGCUCUGCUGCUGCUGGUGUUGUUUUUCUCAUCGCUGUGGUUGUGCUCAUUAUCGUCUGUAAUCGGAGAGACAGUGACAGGACAGAAUCUGAAUACACUGACAAGCUUCAGCAUUACACAAGCGGCCACAUGACUCCAGGAAUGAAGAUCUACAUUGAUCCUUUCACAUAUGAGGAUCCCAAUGAGGCAGUGCGCGAGUUCGCCAAAGAAAUAGACGUGACCUGUGUGAAAAUCGAGCAAGUCAUUGGUGCAGGUGAGUUUGGAGAGGUAUGCAGCGGUAAUCUCAGGCUUCCUGGGAAGAGGGAGAUUCUGGUGGCCAUUAAAACUCUGAAAUCAGGGUACACUGAUAAGCAGCGGCGGGACUUCCUGAGCGAAGCCAGCAUCAUGGGGCAGUUUGACCAUCCCAACAUCAUCCACCUGGAAGGAGUGGUGACCAAGAGCACUCCAGUAAUGAUCAUCACUGAAUUCAUGGAGAACGGAUCACUGGACUCCUUCCUUCGGCAAAAUGAUGGCCAGUUCACUGUCAUUCAGUUGGUUGGCAUGCUGCGUGGCAUUGCAUCUGGCGUGAAAUACCUCUGUGACAUGAACUACGUACAUCGUGAUCUGGCUGCCCGCAACAUCCUGGUUAACAGCAAUCUAGUCUGCAAAGUAUCCGAUUUUGGGCUUUCUCGCUUUCUGGAAGAUGACACGUCAGAUCCUACAUACACAAGCGCCCUGGGAGGGAAAAUUCCAAUACGAUGGACUGCUCCCGAAGCCAUUCAAUACAGGAAGUUCACGUCCUCGAGUGAUGUGUGGAGCUAUGGGAUCGUAAUGUGGGAGGUCAUGUCCUAUGGAGAGCGACCAUACUGGGACAUGAGCAAUCAAGAUGUAAUAAAUGCAAUUGAGCAGGAUUAUAGGUUACCUCCUCCUAUGGACUGUCCAAAUGCACUGCACCAACUAAUGUUGGACUGCUGGCAGAAGGACCGAAACAACCGUCCGAAAUUCAAUCAGAUUGUUAACACUCUGGAUAAGAUGAUCCGUAAUCCUGGCAGCCUGAAGGCCACCACUCCUCUCUCUUCAGGUGUACAUCUACCUCUGCUGGACCGCAGCACACCAGACUUCUCCAGCUUCAGCACAGUGGAUGAAUGGCUUGAUGCCAUCAAAAUGGGCCAGUACAAGGAGAACUUUGCCAAUGAAGACCUCACUACCUUUGAAGCCGUAUCUCAGAUGACCAUGGAUGACAUUCUGAAGGUGGGAGUCACACUAGCAGGCCACCAGAAGAAGAUUCUCAACAGUGUGCAGAUGAUGCGAGCCCAAAUGAACCAGAUCCAGUCAGUGGAGGUUUGAUUCUUAAGAGUGAAGGAUAGGACCAGCCUGUGCACACCAGACCCCUGUGGACCUCCUCACAGAAAGACGCCCCCCUCAGCGAGCCCUAUGUCCAGAGCCCAGCAGUAGGGGAUGAUCAAGAACAGAUCCCCGCAAGACCACUAUGGUCUCGAUACAGCACAGCACACUGAAGGCAAGCUGUAGUCUUUGCAAUGGCCAAAAUUAUCCAUAAAUGUCAUUCUGGCUGCAUUUACAUGCAAGUUUAUGUUCCAGUAUUAUCUCUGACUUUGCAGUAUAUCUAAUAAACCACAUAAAAACCUCUUAUGUCUUUUUAAAUGUUGGUAUAUCUGUUAUUUAAUAGACAUUUAAGAAUACAUUUUCUAAUUUAAGGUGACAUCCUUGUCAAAUAUACCAUUUGCAUAAAAAUAAUAGCCUUUUGUAUGUAAAUUCCUUGCUCUAAGCAGCUUUCUCUAUUGUUACAUCAUGAAAUGUGCUAUCGAUUACCUGCAAAUCACCUGCCAAGUAACUAUUUUGCUAAAGUUUUUCUGAGCAUCUUCUGGGUCCAUUAAAAAGCAUUUAUAAAGUGCACCCAUUAUACUAUUAAAAUUCAAAUAUUAGAAGAAUGUGUCACAAUUCACAGAUUUAGAAUAAAAUGCAGUCACCUUUAUCAUGAUAGUGUUAUAUUGAGUAUAAAUUUAUUCAGAGCAUUUCCACGUGCAGUAUAAAAGGGUUGAAAAGCUUGUUCAUGCAUGUAAAUGUAGCCACUAUCACAAAUUAUUUUAUAAAGAUUAUUUUGGCUGUUAGUUUUUCUUUGGGUAAAUCUGCAAUCUCAUUAAAUGAGAACAAAUCAGAUUUUGAUUAUAUAGCCAUUUUACUCUAUGAUAUGAUUUGGUUCUCAAUAGGGCUGCACGAUUAAUCGCAUGCGAUAUUUA